CGGCAGUUCAUAAAAGUUUAGUGUGUGAAGGCUGGUGGGAGACAGAAGAGAAGCUCAGAAAAGACUGUACUCUAUAACUGUAGUGUCUGGUUUUUGUAGGGUGUGGAUUGGAUAACAAGAGCCGGAGGCUUCAUUUGACAUCAUCACUGUUGUGAAACUGAAGAUUGCAAGGAGGUGACACACAGACAAACUGCUGUGAGACUCUAUACCAGUAAGGAAGGGCUGGACUGGACUUCAUUUAGCUCAACAUUGCAGAACCAUGGCCACUCACAUGUCAAUGCUGAGCCCUCUGAGGGGGAAUAGACGCACCCGCCGGAACCUGUUUGGCCCUGUGGACCGAGACCAGCUGCAGAUGGAGUACAAGGCGGCACUGGGUAAAGACCUGGACGAGGUAUCAAGACGAUGGGGCUUUGACUUCAGGUCUGACAAGCCUCUAGAGAGCAGCGACUUUGAGUGGGAGGGCAUCCCAGAAGCCAGGGUCCCACUGCUCUACAGGUCCUGUGUUCUGGCUGGUGGACAGGCAGAGGGCCUGAGGAUGGGAGGGGCUCCUUUGGUCAGAGGGACCAAAGAAGCGAGGAUGCAGAAGGAGAACAUCCCUCAGACGCCAGAGAAAUGUGCAACAGAGCUGGAGGGCCUGGAAAGAACCCCGGAAAAGACAGACAAAGCUGGGCUGAAGAGGAAACAGACAAAUAUCACAGACUUCUAUCAAGCCAAGAGAAGAGUUGUGUGGAUGCCGAGGAAAUCUGGGCAGUGAUACUCUCUAAGAAGCAAUAUGGACAGCACCCGACUCAGGAAUCAUAUGUUCCACAAAGACUCAAACAAUCAAUCAUCUAAGCUGACUUUAACCAUGAAUCAUCUGACGAAAAACCCAGGGUGGAGCUCAGCCGCUUGUCAUUGCUACCGGUUAAUUUGGGUACUGUAAAGGAGGGGAUUGGUUUGUUUUUCCCCCAGUGGUAAGAUGGGGACAUUUGAGCAGAAAAAGAUUAACAAUAAUCCCUGGAAUCAGUGGAUUUAAACUCAUUUGGAUCAAGGGCUCGCCAAAGUGCUGACUGACAUUUGCUGCAGUCAUCCAUCCCACAGCUCUUACAAAACUCUCAGCUGCUCUGUAACGCUCUACCUCUCCCAGGAAAGAGGGACGGCUGGAUGAAACCAUUUCAGAUGUCAUUGAGGUUAUUAGUCUCACAGGAGGAAGCUGUAGACCGGCUGGAAUCUGCAGGAAAACUUGGGAGUUCUUUGUUCAAAUGCACCAUCUUAUUUUACAGUGUUUGUUAUAUUUUAAUAACUGUCUUUUACUUUGUAUGAAAAUACUUGAGCUCUGAUAUAUUGAACAUGCUGAUGUUUUGCUUAGAUUUUAAUUGACAGCAGUGCCAACCUUUUCUUUAUUAACUUUUUUUUGUUUUUCACCCAAUGGGUUUAAAAUGUAUAAUUUUUUUAAAUCAGCCCAGACUUAAAGAAGGACGAAAUCACUGGCAUAUAUAUUUAUAGAAUACAUGUGUUUUUAUAAAUGAAUGUUUUUUUUUUCUUAUAGUGUUUGAUUUAGCCUUGUGAAGUAGCAUUAAGUUAAAAAAAAACUGCAGUAUUGCACAUAAAUCUGAAUGUGUUUAAAAAGCCACAGCCGGUGGCAUGCCAUGCGGUCUUGGUAGUUUUUUUCUUUUUUUUUAUCCAUAAAGGACAAUCAUUAGAAGGUGUUCCUGGAUAAAGAUGUAUUAUUUGCCAAGCUAAAGCCAUGCAUUUAUUGUUGCUUUUUUGGUUUUUAAGAACAUCAGCUAAAGCAUGUACUUCUUUUAUAGCAAAUCCUGUCGCUAUGGAUAAUCUGAACGAGUUGCAGACAAGGGCCUGUAAUUCUAAUCUUUGGCAUACUGACAGCUUUGAAAUGUCCAUCGUCACAAAUCCAGGGCAAAAGAACUUCCCCAAACAAUGAAUGCACUUCUGUUCCUAGCUGCUUAAGCACAGUUCUUAUAAAUACUUUGUUUCUUUUCAAAGCUACAAAACUGUGUAUCCUUUAUUUAUUGAGAGAUAAUGUUGCAAGUAACAAUUUAGAAAUUGUUCAAUUAUGACAUUUCUUAACCCUAAUAAACUUUUGAAUGGCCAA